AUGUCCAUGCAGAGAGGCUGCGAGAGGCAGAAGGACGUCUGCGGCGUCGGUCGUGUCCUGCAGGAGAGGAAUCGGGCGCAGCCACCUGUAGCCUCAGUGAAGUCCUCCACGAGCAGCGUGCUUCAUUACAUGCUUAACCCGGACCUGGACACCGGCUCGGCAGCCUCUUUCCUCCUCUUUCGAUUACCCGGACGGCGACGAAGAGGCAACAGUCGCUAUGACAGCGAAAACGACCAAAAACAACCCAGGGAGUCGGCACAGGAGCAGGUUUUGAACCUGACAAUUUGGUCCUUUCGGGCCGUAUCCCAACAUACCCGAGUUCCUGGAACGUGGAUCGAGACGGCUGAAUCCGUACACGGGCAGGACAGGGGGGACACGGACAUCGCAAAAACCACAGACGUGUUCACCCGGUCGCAGCGGUUUGCGGUUAGCAGAAGAACCAUGUCGUCCUCUAAGGCCACGCGGCCGGUGUCCCUCCUGGGCAGCACAUCGUUCGGGGGGCGAGCGGACGCCGCCCAGAGUCUGGAGAUGGUCACGGCGUUCCUGGACCGGGGCCACAGACACCUGGACACCGCCUUCAUGUACACGGACGGGAGAGCGGAGGCGAUCAUUGGGGACAUGAAACUCCCCAAAACAGUGAGCAUAGCUACAAAGGCCAACCCGUGGGAUGGAAAGACGCUGAAGCCCGAGAGCGUGCGCUCUCAGCUGGAAACCUCCCUUCAGAGGCUGCAGACUGACAACGUGGACCUCUUCUAUCUGCACAUCCCCGACCACCAAAACCCAAUCCAAGACACUCUGAGAGCCUGCAAUGAGCUCCACAAAGAGGGGAAAUUCAAGGAGUUAGGCCUGUCCAACUACACAUCUUGGGAAGUGGCUGAAAUUGUGUGUAUCUGCAGACAUAACAACUGGAUUGUUCCGACUGUGUAUCAGGGAAUGUACAACGCCACUACGAGACAGGUGGAAACCGAGCUGCUGCCGUGUCUGAGAUACUUUGGACUGAGAUUCUACGCGUACAAUACUCUUGCAGGUGGCCUUCUGACAGGAAAGUAUCAUUAUGAAGAUAAAGACGGCUCUCAGCCUCAAGGACGAUUCUUUGGAAACAACUGGGCCGCAGCGUACAGAGACAGAUACUGGAAGCAGAGUCAUUUCCAGGCCAUAGAUGGAGUUCUGAAGACCUUGGAGGAGGCUUACGGCUCGGAGAAACCCUCCAUGACUUCUGCGGCGAUGCGCUGGAUGUACCACCACUCCCAGCUGAAGGGCGAUCUUGGAGACGGAGUCAUCAUCGGCAUGUCAAACAUGGAGCAAUUUCAACAAAACCUGGCUGCUGCAGAGGAGGGUCCCCUGGACCAGAGGGUGGUCCAAGCCUUCGAUGAAGCCUGGAACCUCGUGGCCCACGAAUGCCCCAACUACUUCAGAUGAGCCCAGUGUUCCCAAAUCUCCACAACUGGUUCAAACCCUCACUGAGAGAUCAGCUGGACUUAAUUACCUGCUUUUCUUUUUUCCUUGAAAUCAUGAAGAUGAACUGGAGGCUUUUCUUUUCUUCUUCAGAGCACUUAAUUUCCUUUAUAAGCCUAAUAUUUCCCAGGGAGAAUCU